UUCCGAUUCGAAUUUGACAUUUCGAAUGACAAUUCCCUCCAUCUUUCUUUUUCGUUUCGCGUGUACCACGUUUUAAACAUGGGUAUUAGCAGAGAUAGCGUUCACAAGCGCCGUGCAACGGGUGGUAAGAAGGCCUCCAUCCGCAAAAAGAGAAAGUAUGAGUUAGGACGUCCCGCAGCCAACACAAGAUUGGGAGGCACUCGCGUGCAUUUCGUUCGCACUCGCGGCGGAAACCGCAAAUUCCGCGCCCUUCGUCUUGAAGUUGGAAACUUUGCAUGGGCAAGCGAAGGAUCUGCGCGCAAGACUCGUAUCUUGGAUGUCGUUUACAACGCUUCCAACAACGAAUUGGUCCGUACCAAGACUUUGGUGAAGAAUGCCAUCGUCGUUGUCGAUGCAACUCCCUUCAGACAAUACUACGAAGGACACUAUUUGUUGCCUUUGGCACGCCGCAAGGAAGCUAAAGCCGAGGAAAAUGACACCUUGACAAAGCAACGCAGCAAGAAGGCAAUGAAGAAGUAUUUGUUGCGUCAAAAAGUCGCCAAAAUUGAUCCCGCACUCGAGGAACAAUUUGCUGCCGGCAGACUUUUGGCUGCAAUCGCUUCCCGCCCCGGACAAUGCGGUCGCGCCGACGGAUACAUUCUUGAAGGCAAAGAAUUGGAAUUCUACAUGAAGAAGAUCAAAUCGAAGAAAUCCAAGUAAACCUCACACACAACAACAAAAAAAAUCUACAAUUAAGCGAAUAAUGAGUCCCAUGUUGAAAAAUGGGAGAAGUUAUUUCAAAUAAAAACUGAAAAAAAUA